AUGGAGCGAGCGGAGCCGCCGGCGGCCGCCUACGAGCGGCGGGUGCUGCGCCCCGUUCCUCGCCGCCCCCCGAGCCCCAACUCCGCUCUGUUUCCCCGCAGGGAGCUCCCCGACGGCGCGGCGCGGCCCGGCGCCCCGCAGCUGAAGCAGCUGGUGGUGGCGGCGCUGCGGGAGCUGCACGGAGAGGUUGGGGCCGCUUUGCCUGUCGACGUCUUGGCGUACGAGGAGAAAAGUCUCUGUGCCGUCCUGAGAGUGAUUAGCGGAGGCCUCGUCAAGCUGUGGAGUGCUCUGACCCUGCAGGGCUUCUACCAGAACAGGCGGUGUGCCUUCCGGGUACUGCAGACAUCUCCAUUUCUUCUUGCGUUGGCUGGGAACAGCAGGGAGCUGGUCUUGGACUAAGUCUCCAGUCUGGGUGGACUGUCAGAAGGUCCUUG